CCUUACGCUCUCUCUCUCUCUCUCUCUCUCAGCUCUCUGUUCUCUCCCGACUUUUCUCUCUCUCCCAAAACCGAGUAAACCUCGGGUCCCGUCGCCGCUCGCACCUCCUGUCGCGGACGCCAUCACGCAGCCAUCUUUCCUGUCUUCGGUCGCUGCCGCCGUUCGUGUCUUCGGUCGCCGCCGCCGCCCGCACCGAUUGUCGCUGCUGCCGCACUCACCGCUGGUCUCCGCCGCGGCCUACUUCUCCUUCUCCUUCUCCUUCCCCCUUCAUUCUAAGAUAAUCAUCAAGGAAGAUAAUGCAGUUCAGUUGUGCUUUUGCUGACAUGCUGACUUGAGUGUGUCGAGAAGCAUGAUUUGAGGCGAAAUAAAUAUCUUAUGUCUUCUUGGGGUGGAAUUGGAGACGGUCCUGCCAUCUUGCAAUUGCAAAAAUGGGGCCACUUGAAGUCUCAACUUGAACCAUCAAAAUAUUGUCUAGCUUCUCUGUCCCCAACUAGAGAGCUGCUGCUGCUGCUUUCGUAUGAGUGUGAAGCCCUAUUACUUCCUCUGACUUUUGAUGCCCCAGGUAAGUCCUCUUCUGAAAAUCUUCAUGAACCAAAUUCUCCAGAACCAUCGAGCACAUGCAGGUCAGAAUCUAUUGAUAGUGCUCGGUGCAGUACAAAAGCUGGCGUUCCCGUAAAAAAUAUUCUUUUUCGAAAUCGAGGCAGCUCUUCCUCAUCUCAGUAUCCUCCUGUGAUCUCUGGUGUGAAGUCAUUGGCUUGGGGACAUUGUGGAGAUGUGUAUAAUCAGUUUGAGGAUUCAGUUUUUAAAGAAUUUCUCAUUGUAUCCAGCGAUAACGGAAUUAUAGUUCAUGCUUUUCGUUAUCAGCAUAGAAAUGAAGUGUUUCAAUCUGUACCAGAAGGUGACUCUGUGGAGGGUAAGUGGGUGGAAUGGGGACCUACUAAUAACUCAGUGACGAAAUCGAAGUUCUCACAUUCAAGCACUGGUGAAAGCCCAAACGAACCCAAGAUUAUUGAAACAUCUGGAACUGUAGAUGUCUGCGAUGCAGUUGAUGAUGGUGGUUCAUCUGGUAGAAGUAUUUUACCGAAAAAUUGGUUCCAGACUUUCCAUAUGGAGCUGGAUACCGUUGUGUCUAAUGGUAAGUAUUCAGCUAGGUUUCCUGCGAAGUCAUCAAUUCCUCUUUCUGCAGAUGUUGUAUCAUUAGACAUUGGUGACAAUACUUCAAAAUUCAUAGAGUUCUUUUCUUCUUCUACUCUAUAUGGUGAAAAGGAGAAUAUAAGUGAUGGACCUGUGGUUGGACAAGUGGGUGAUCCAUCUCUUUCUGAUAGGUCAUCUAAAGGUUCAGUAAAGGCUGGUGGAGAUAUUAUAUAUAGGUGUUCGAGGGUGUUUAACAACUCCUCACAUAGAUUGAUUGGUUUAGUAUUGAAUUUCCCAGAAGAUGUAUCUGAUAAGAAUAGUGAAUUCCAUGUAAGAAAUACUGGCAAGGAUUUUGUGGUUGUUAUGAUGCUGAAUCAGUGGGGUUUGCAGUGGAUUUGUUCUGUAGACCUUCAGCAUCAUGAUCCCAGUUCGUUUCCAAGUUUAGAAUGGGCAGAUUUCCAGUUUUCCAAUGACUUUCUUAUCUGUCUUAACUCCUCAGGGCUAAUCUGUAUCUGGAAUGUUCUGUCUGGUGGCCUUGUUACGCAUUUUGAUGUUUUGAAAAGCUGUGGACUGGACAGAAGUGCUUGUUUUAGGUUAAGUCAAUCAGAACCGCCUGUAAAUAGACAUUUAGCUUCCACAAAAUCAAACUUCAGUCAGGAAGUUGAUAAAAAAAUUGAAGUUAGUGGAAGAGAAACAUGCGGUGACGAGAUUGUAUGUGCUAGAACUUUCAGAAGGUUGAUGGUGAUCUCACAUUCUUUCCUUCUUGCUGUUGUGGAUGAUCAUGGAGUUAUCUACGUAAUCAGGGCUGCUGAAUAUGUCUCAAAAAAAUGUGCUACAUUUGAAAAUUUUGUUCAUUCCUAUAAAUACUCUGAUAGUAGCAUGUUGGCAGGUUGGAAGGUUGCUGAUUGUGAAAUAGAUUGUGCGAAAAUUCUUUCGGAUCUGUCAACCGACGGGUUUUCAAAUAAAAAUCACUCAGGUGCUACUAAAUUUAGGAAAAGACAUCACCAUACUGAUGGCAAAGAAAUCCAUAAAUUCAGGAAAAGACACCACCAUACUAAUGGUAAUGAAAGCGAAUCAUGUACCUAUUCAAGUGGUUUUUCUACUUCUCAGAUAAAUGGUAGGAAAGUGUUUGCUCUUGAAUCUGAGAUCUCAUCAACUCCUUUGCGCAAAGUUUUCCUUCCUUUGGACAGAUUUAACAAAGAGGAUUGUAUUUGCUUUUCACCCAUUGGAAUUACUCGAUUCGUUAGAAGACUCAAUAUGAAACAACAAAAGGUACAUAAAAUUGUACACACUAGUUUACAUGUGGUUUCACCAGUCCUUGAUGAUAUAGAUCUGGGUACAUACUGCUCUUCUAAAAGCUUUUCUUCCUCCCGAGAAGUUGCUUUCUCUGGGGAAUCAAUUGGAUUCUCUUUUCAAGGCUGCUUGUAUUUAGUGACCGAAGAUGGCCUUUCUGUCAUUCUCCCAUCAAUUUCGAUUUCAUCCAGUAUUCUUCCUGCAGAAUUCACCAGAUACUGGCAACCAACUUUUACCGCAGGCAGCAAAAGUCAGAUUAAAACUUUUUUGGCUAUAGAUGAAAUGAAAGAGCUGGGAAGGCCUUGGCAAAUAGAGGUUUUGGACAGAACUCUUUUAUAUGAAGGCCCUGAUGAAGCUGAACGAAUUUCUUUGGAGAAUGGAUGGGACUUGAGAAUGGCUCGGAUCCGUCGCAUGCAAUUGGCACUACACUAUUUAAAAGCUGAUGAAAUAGAGAAAUCUUUGGAUAUGCUUGUGGAUGUGAAUCUGGCUGAAGAAGGCAUAUUGCAUUUGCUUUUUACCUCUAUUUAUCGGAUUUUCUGUAAAGCUGCAAGUGACAGUGAAGUGGCUUUGGCAUCUAGGCUGCUGGCUCUUGCUGCCUCCUUUGCAACAAAAAUGGUUCGAAGAUAUGGAUUAGGAGAGCAUAAAAAGGAAAAAUUCCUAUAUGAUGCUAAGGAGUUACAAAUAUCUUAUGCAAAGCCACUUGAGAGAAAGAACAAUCUUGAUGAAAUUGGCAACUCAAGGAGACUAUCUGAGAUGGCUCAAUUCUUGGAGGUUAUUAGAAAUAUCCAAGCCCAGCUGAGUUUGAAAGGUCGUAAGCUGGGUAAAUCGAUGGCAGGAGGUAUGGAUGCAGCAAUUGUGACAGAUAUAGAUGUGUCGCAAGAUGAUCCACUCCUUCCAUCUUCUUCCAUUGAUGCUGUUUCACAUGGGCUGCUAAAUACCUCAGAAGCUCGGGUUAACUUACCCUUGACAGCUACUGAAGUGGCAUUUGAUAACUCCAAAACAAUUGCAUUAUCGCCGCUAGAAUCUGCUGUUGGUGAGGUAAAUAUGAAUAAGUUUCCCGAGGCAGGUAUUGUGCAGAAUAGAACAGUUUCAAUGGAAAUCCCCAGUAUUAUGAUUGCACGCUGGGCAAUAGAUAACAUUGACGUAAAAGCAAUGGUGAAAGAUGCCUUAGACUCAGGUCAUCUCCCAUUGGCGGUUCUUCAAUUGCACCUUCUGCAGCAGAAAGAACUAGUAUCUAGGGAAGAUUCUCCUGAUACUUUCAGUGAAAUUCGCGAGAUUGGGAGAGCAAUUGCUUAUGACCUGUUUCUGAAGGGGGAAAGUGGACUAGCUGUGGAGACCCUGUUGAAACUUGGAGAAGAUGUUGAAGUCAUCCUUAGGGAAUUGUUGUUCAGUACAGUGAGAAGGUCACUUCGGAAACAAAUUACUGAGGAAAUGAAUAAGAACGAAAACCUGAGACCUCACGAGUGGAAAAUAUUGGAGCGAAUUUUUCUUAUUGAGAGGCUAUAUCCAAGUUUUAGUUUCUGGGAGACAUUUCUUGAAAGGCAGAAAGAUGUUUUUGGAGAUGCUUCAGUCUUUACCUUGCCUGGUGCGAACGGUUUGAAGUUGAAUUUUCAUGUCCACGACAAUCUUAUCCUCGAAUGUGGUGAUAUUGAUGGAGCUGUUACUGGUUCUUGGGCCACUGUGGCUGGUGGCUCUCCUGAAGUUUGUGAAGCUAGUCCUCGCGCUGGGUACUGGGUUUGUGCUGCUAUAUGGUCUUAUGCUUGGGACCAACGAACUGUGGACCGUAUAGUGCUCGAUCAGCCUUUGCAUGUUGAAGUUCAUGUCGCAUGGGAAUCCCAACUUGAAUAUCAUAUGUGUCGCAGUAAUUGGGAACAGGUCUGCAAACUCUUGGAUGCGAUUCCGACAUCUCUGUUAUCAGAGGGCAGUCUUGAAAUUAAUCUGAACAGUUCACAAAUUUCGACAAAUACAGAAACUUGUUCCAAGUUUCCUGAUCAUGCAAUGUAUAUUUGCGCUGCUGAAGAGCUAGAGCCUGUGUGCAUGGAUAUCCCUGAUGUUAAGAUUUUCACAUCUCCAGUGGUAAAUACAUGUUCAUCAUGGUUGAAAAUGCUCGUAGAGCUGGAACUGGCCAGGAAAUUUAUCUUUCUAAAAGACUAUUGGGAGAAUACUACAGAUAUCAUACCUCUCCUUGCUCGUGCAGGCUUGACCAUUGAUAAGUGUAGAAUUGUUAACGAACCAACUAUGAGCUCUCUUGAUCUAGCUGUUUUGGACACUGGUAGGAGACCUCACAAAGAUGCAGGAAAAGCAUUGCAUAAGCUUGUUGUAAGUCAUUGUACACAAUAUAACUUGCCAAAUCUGCUGGACCUUUAUCUUGAUCAUUGCAAUUUGGACCUGGACGAUGAUUUGCUUUCUCCUCUCCUGGAUGCUGCUGGAGAUUGCCAAUGGGCAAAAUGGUUACUUUUUUCAAGGAACAAGAGGCAUGUGUAUGAGGCUUCAUUGUCUAAUGCUCGUUCAAAUUUGUCUCGUCGAAUGAUCCAUGGUAGCAAUCUUAGUGUCUUGGAAUUUGAUGAAAUAAUACAUACGGUUGAUGAUAUGGCUGAAGGGGGAGGAGAAAUGGCUGCUUUGGCUACCUUGAUGUAUGCCGCUUCCCCAAUGCAGAAGUGUCUUUGUGCCGGAAGUGUAAACAGGCAAUGUAGUUUUACUCCUCAGUGCACUUUGGAAAAUCUUCGACCUGGUCUCCAGCACUUUCCUACACUCUGGAGGACACUUGUCAAUGCUUGUUUUGGGCAAGAUGAUAAUGCUUGUAGUUUGAAUUCUGACGCUGUUAAUGUAUUUGGGAAGUCAUUGCUCUCUGACUAUUUGGGUUGGCGCGAUACCAUAUUUUGCUCUACUGGAGGUGACACUUCUUUAAUCCAAAUGCUUCCAUGCUGGUUUUCGAAGUCUGUUAGAAGAUUGGUUACCCUCUUUGUCCAGGGUCCUCUGGGAUGGCAAUCUCUAUCUGGUGCAGUACCUACUGGAGAAUCGUCUUUUUAUGGAGAAAGCAGUUAUGUCAUACAUGCGACUGGAAAUGCUGGGGUUACUCCUAUAAAUUGGGAAGCAGCUAUUCAGAAAAGUGUUGAGGAGCUUUAUUCUUCAGUUGAGGAUAAGGGAUUUGGAGUGGAGCAUCACUUGCAUCGAGGGCGGGCACUAGCUGCUUUCAACCAUAUUCUUGGUUUACGGGUUUCAAAACUAAAAUCUGCCCAUACUCAAAGGGGCCUAUCUGGGCAAACUAACAUACAGUCAGAUAUGCAAGCAAUUCUUGCACCUUUGAGUCAAAGUGAAGGAUCACUUCUGUCAUCUGUUGUGCCACUUGCUAUUACACACUUUGAGGAUUCUGUAUUGGUUGCGUCAUGUGCUUUCCUUUUGGAGCUUUGUGGAUUGUCUGCUACCUUGCUCCGUGUUGAUGUGGCAGUCCUACAGCGUAUUUCUUCGUAUUAUAAUUCAGUUAGGCAGAAUCCGCAUUAUGGACAUGUUUCACCUAGGGAAUCUGCACUUCAUGCAGCAUCCCAGGAAGGUGAUACUAUUCUUUCACUUGCGCAAGCAUUAGCAGAUAAUUAUCUCCACCAUGAUCAUGCCCAUAUUUUGGAUCAGAGACAUGUUUCACAUGAAGUUUUAAAAGGGGGACAGCCUCCACGUUCUCUCAUGACUGUCUUACAACAUUUGGAGAAAGCAAGCUUGCCACUGAUUGAUGAAGGCAAAACUUGUGGUAACUGGCUUUCAAGCGGCAAUGGUGAUGGUUAUGAAUUCCGAGCUCAGCAAAAGGAUGCAAGCAUGAGGUGGAACCUGGUCACAGAAUUUUGCCAUAUGCAUCGUCUUCCUUUGAGUACAAAGUAUCUGUCUCUGCUUGCAAAUGACAAUGACUGGGUUGGGUUUCUGACAGAAGCUCAGAUGGGAGGUUUCUCAACUGAUGUUAUCAUUGAAGUGGCAGCUAAGGAGUUCAGUGAUCCACGACUCAGGAUUCAUAUAUUAACUGUCCUGAAAAGCAUGCAAUCAGCUAGGAAAAAAACGAACUCUUCAACAAUGAAUGGGUUGACUUCAGGAAAUAAUGAAAUGCCUUGCAUCCCAGGUAGCAAUAGUGUUGUUUCUGUGGAGCUUUUUGGAAUCCUUGCUGAAUGCGAGAGGCAGAAAAAUCCUGGUGAAGCCCUUCUGACGAAAGCAAAAGAUCUAAGCUGGUCUCUAUUGGCAAUGAUUGCUUCAUGCUUCUCAGAUGUGUCUGCACUUUCAUGCUUGAUGGUUUGGCUUGAAAUAACGGCAGCAAGGGAGACAUCAUCUAUCAAGGUGAACGACAUUUCUUCCAAAAUUGCAAGCAGUGUUGGUGCUGCUGUAGAGGCCACCAAUAAAUUACCAAGUGGAAGCAGAAGCCUUAUGUUUCGCUAUAAUCGUAGAAAACCAAAGCGAAGGUGUCUCAUGGAGCCUGCAUCAGGGGAUUCCCCAGAUGGUCUCAUGGAGCCUGCAUCAGGGGAUUCCCCAGAUUGUCUCAUUGAGCCUGCAUCAGGGGAUUCCCUAGAUGGAUCCUUUAAUAUCCCUAGCAGGUCAAGAUCUGCUGUGGCAUCAAUUUCUCAAGAAGUUGGUUCUGAGGAAACAAAUGAAAUGUGUACUGAAAAGUCCAAACUGUCUGUUGAUUCUGAUGAAGGACUCGCUUCUCUUUCAAACAUGAUAGCGGUUCUAUGUGGACAGCACCUAUUUCUUCCCCUGUUAAGAGCUUUCGAAAUGUUCCUGCCAUCUUGUUCCCUUCUGCCCUUUGCAUUUUCUCAAAUGCGACUGUCCGAAGCUUCGGCGCACCUUGCAUCAUUUUCAGCUAGAAUAAAGGAAGAACCGUUUUUGCAUAUGAAUGUUGCAAGGAAUGGGUCAGUCAAAACAUCAUGGAUUAGCUCCACUGCUGUAAAAGCUGCAGAAGCCAUGCUGUCAACAUGCUCAUCACCAUAUGAAAAACGGUGUUUGUUGCAAAUUCUAGCAGCGGCUGAUUUUGGAGAUGCGGGAGCUGCUUCAGCUUAUUUCCACCGGCUCUGCUGGAAAAUUAGUUUAGCUGAACCAUCUCUGCGCAAAGAUGAGGAUGCAUAUUUAGGAAAUGAAGUUUUGCAUGAUGCUUCUCUUUUAGCGGCACUUGAAAUGAAUGGCCGGUGGGAACAUGCUCGUAGCUGGGCAAGGCAGCUUGAGAUAAGUGGUGCAUCUUGGAAAGAUGCUGUCCACCAUGUGACAGAAGCACAGGCAGAAGCCAUGGUGGUUGAAUGGAAGGAAUAUCUUUGGGAUGUUCGAGAAGAGAGAGCUGCUUUAUGGGGCCAUUGCCAAACUCUUUUCCUUAGAUAUUCUUUUCCUCCAUUGAAGGCAGGAUUAUUUUUCCUCAGACAUGCUGAGGCAAUUGAGAAAGAGAUUCCGGCGAGAGAAUUACAUGAAAUGCUCCUACUUUCACUUCAGUGGCUAAGUGGCAGCAUGACUAAAUCUCCCCCUGUUUAUCCUCUACAUCUUCUACGAGAGAUUGAGACUAGAGUAUGGCUCUUGGCUGUGGAAUCAGAAGUUCAGUCCAAGCCUGAAGGUGACCUUAUCUUAUCAAACUCUAUCCAUAAUAUAGUAACUGGAACUAGUGCCAGCAUUAUAGAACAGACUGCAAAUGUUAUUGCAAAAAUGGAUGCUCAUAUAAAUACUAUGCGGUUAAGAGCUUCUGAAAGAAACGCAAUGAGAGAGAACAACCUGCCUCAUAGCCGGCACUUGCAGUUUGGUGAUUCUCAUAGUUCAGUUACGACAGCAAGCAGUACAAGAACAAAACGAAGGUCCAAAACCUAUUUGCAAAUAAGACGACCUACGGAAACUAUAGAAAAUAGUAAUGAUUCUGAUGAUAACCUCAAUUCUCCGAACAACAUUUUGAGCAGCGGAGAAGUAUCCAAAAAUACACAGAUAACAGAGGAAAAUAUGCAGAUUGAAGCAUCCGUUUCUGGAUGGGAGGAAAAAGUGAGGCCUGCAGAAGUGGAGAGGGCUAUUCUUUCUCUACUAGAGUUCGGACAGAUAACAGCUGCUAAACAGCUCCAACUUAAGCUGUCUCCAUCUUAUGUGCCACCGGAGCUUGUAUUUGUUGAUGCUGCUUUAAAGGUUGCUGAUCUUUCAUCUCCCAAUAGUAGUGGAGAAAUAAAUUUAUCAGAGCUGGAUCAUGAAGUUCUUUCAGUUGUCCAAUCACUCCCUGCGGUGAGCAAAGAUCAUGCUGAUUUGCUGCAGGUUUUGGAGUCUUUAGCAGCAAAAUGUAGUCAAGGUUGUGGGCGUGGACUUUGUUGGAGGAUUAUAUCAGUUGUUAAGUCUGCAAAAGUAUUGGGCCUCACAUUUUCUGAAGCAUUUGAGAAACGACCUAUUGAAUUGCUACAGUUACUUUCUCUCAAAGCACAGGAGUCUCUUGAGGAAGCCAAACUCUUGGUGCAGACUCAUGUUAUGUCUGCACCAAGCAUUGCACGAAUACUUGCAGAGUCUUUUCUGAAGGGUCUCUUGGCUGCACAUCGUGGGGGAUACAUGGAUUCUCAGAGGGAGGAAGGGCCUGCCCCACUUUUAUGGAGAUUCUCUGACUUCUUGAAGUGGGCAGAACUUUGUCCUUCAGAACCAGAAAUUGGUCAUGCUCUGAUGCGCUUAGUGAUGACGGGGCAAGAAAUACCACAUGCUUGUGAGGUUGAACUUCUAAUUCUUUCUCACCAUUUCUACAAAUCCUCGGCUUGCCUUGAUGGAGUCGAUGUUCUCGUUACCCUUGCAGCAAACAGGGUAGAAUCUUAUGUGUCAGAAGGAGAUUUCUCUUGUUUGGCUCGCUUGAUAACUGGUGUUAGCAAUUUCCAUGCUUUGAACUUCAUUCUUAAUAUCCUUAUAGAAAAUGGUCAACUAGAUCUCCUACUUCAGAAGUAUUCUACUGCUGACACUGGUUCUGCCACAUCUGAAGCAGUCAGAGGAUUCCGACUGUCUGUUCUCACAUCAUUGAAGCUUUUUAACCCUCAUGACCUUGAUGCAUUUGCUACGGUUUACAACCAUUUUGACAUGAAGCACGAAACCGCGUCACAUCUUGAAUUCCGAUCAACCCAAUUCAUCCAUCAAUGGUUCUCUCGCCGCUACAGAGAUCGCCAAACCGAAGACCUACUCGAAGCCAUGCGCUACAUCAUCGAAUCUGCUGAAGUCUACUCGACUAUUGAUGCCGGUCACAAAACCUACCGAGCUUGUGCUCGCGCUUCGCUUCUCUCUCUCCAAAUCCGAAUCCCUGACCUCAACUAUCUUGAACUAACCGAAACCAACGCUCGCCGAGCUUUAGUUGAGCAAUCUCGGUUCCAAGAAGCCCUAAUUGUAGCUGAAGCCUAUGAUUUAAACCAGCCUAGUGAAUGGGCUCCAGUUUUAUGGAACUUGAUGUUAAAGCCUGACCUCAUUGAAGAAUUUGUCGCAGAAUUUGUCACAGUUCUUCCUUUGCAACCGUCGAUGCUUCUCGAGUUAGCGAGAUUUUAUAGGUCGGAAGUUGCUGCGAGAGGAGACCAAUCACAUUUCUCAGUUUGGCUUUCGCCUGGAGGGUUACCUGCUGAAUGGGUUAAGCAUUUGGGGAGGUCGUUUAGGUGUUUGUUGAAGAGGACUAGGGAUUUGAGAGUAAGAUUGCAACUGGCAACAAUUGCUACUGGUUUUGGGGAUGUGGUUGAUUCUUGCACGAAGGUGUUGGACAAAGUUCCUGAGAGUGCUGGGCCUCUUAUAUUAAGGAGAGGCCAUGGUGGAGCUUAUCUUCCUCUUAUGUAGAAAUUACUCUUUUGGAGGGUAUUUUGUAAAGUCUGAGGCCUAUAAAGUUUUGUUUUGGUGUCAUCAAAUUUGUUUUCGUAACAUCUUUACAUUUUAUAGGUUUAUAUGGAAGAUGUAUUGUUGCUACACAGCGCUGAGUGAAGUGAGUUUUAAGAACUUCAUUUUGGCCUGAGCUGUUUUUGGGAGGAAGGCUUCCUUCUUUGAUCAAUGUAAUAAUUGUAUGCUGUAUUCCUGUUGGUGCUGUAUCUUAUACUCAAUUUUUUUCAUGUAUAAAAAAGACCUAGUUCUUUCUUCUUUUUUAUAAAUACAUUUUGAGC